CCUGCGGAGCGCCAUUGCGGCCGGAGAUCGCGGCUCGAUUUCGCUCUGAUCCGCUCCUGGGAGGCGAGGAGCGUCGCGAGUGUGUUUACAUUGGGUGUGUCAAAGUGCCUGCCGCCCACGCGCCGACAGAUAAUCCACCGUUGACUUCCGGUGCCGGACGCUUCUCACGCCUGUGUUUCCCCCGUGCACGGGGGGACGUCCCAGAAUUCAUCGAGAGAGGAAAUAGCUCGCGGAGCAGCGAGCGACAGGUCUUCCGAGGAAAGGGAGAAAGAGAGGCUGCACGCGCAAACGUGUGCAUUUCAUUUCGCAUUCGACUGAUUCGACACUCGUGGCACAGGGAUAAAUUCUUGCCGCAAUCAUGAGUUACCCAAUGUCGACGAAUCAAUCCAGACCAAUGUCUCAGGGUAAUUAUCAGGGCCCGGGUGAUUUACCCAUGGGCUCUGCCAAGGAGCAAACCCUGAUGUGGCAGCAGAACUCCUACAUGAACGAUUCAGGUAUCCAUUCCGGCGCUGUCACUCAGGCACCAUCUCUUUCCGGCAAGGAAGAUGAGGAGAUGGAAGGGGAUCAACUGAUGUUCGAUCUGGACCAAGGAUUUGCACAGGGUUUUACACAGGAUCAAGUAGAUGAAAUGAAUCAACAACUGAGUCACACUCGAUCGCAGCGUGUCCGCGCAGCCAUGUUUCCUGAAACGCUGGAGGAAGGUGUAGAAAUACCUUCCACCCAAUUUGAUCCUGCACAGCCUACCGCUGUACAGAGAUUGGCCGAGCCGAGCCAAAUGCUGAAACAUGCCGUUGUUAACUUGAUUAAUUAUCAAGAUGACGCUGAUCUUGCUACACGCGCUAUUCCAGAAUUAAUCAAGCUGUUGAAUGACGAGGAUCAAGUGGUUGUUUCUCAGGCAGCUAUGAUGGUGCACCAGCUGUCCAAGAAAGAAGCAUCUCGUCAUGCCAUCAUGAACAGCUCGCAAAUGGUAGCUGCUUUAGUGCGCGCUAUUUCUAACAGCGACGAUUUAGAAUCGACGAAGGCUGCAGUCGGCACUCUACACAAUUUAUCACAUCACAGACAAGGCUUGCUAGCUAUUUUCAAGAGCGGUGGUAUCCCUGCGCUCGUAAAACUGCUGAGCUCUCCAGUGGAAUCUGUUCUUUUUUACGCAAUAACGACGUUACACAACUUAUUGCUUCAUCAAGACGGUUCUAAGAUGGCUGUACGUCUUGCCGGUGGUUUGCAAAAGAUGGUCGCUCUAUUGCAACGAAACAAUGUCAAAUUUCUAGCCAUUGUCACCGAUUGCCUCCAGAUUCUGGCAUAUGGGAAUCAGGAGAGCAAGCUAAUUAUUCUUGCUUCGCAAGGCCCGAUAGAGCUUGUGCGCAUUAUGCGUUCUUACGAAUAUGAGAAACUGUUAUGGACCACUUCGAGAGUGUUGAAAGUAUUAUCUGUUUGCCCUAGUAAUAAACCUGCGAUUGUGGAAGCUGGUGGCAUGCAAGCACUCGCUAUGCAUCUUGCAAAUCCGAGUCAAAGACUAGUGCAGAAUUGUUUGUGGACAUUACGUAAUUUGUCCGACGCUGGUACAAAAGUUGACGGACUCGAUAAUUUACUACAGAGUCUCGUGCUUGUGCUCGGAUCAGCAGACGUGAAUGUAGUCACAUGCGCCGCUGGCAUUUUGUCAAACUUGACUUGUAAUAAUCAGCGCAACAAAGUUGCAGUAUGUAAUUUUGGCGGUGUCGAAGCACUUGUUCGUACGAUCAUCAACGCCGGUGAUCGGGAGGAGAUAACCGAACCGGCGGUGUGCGCCUUACGUCACUUGACCUCGCGUCACGGCGAAGCGGAAAUGGCGCAGAAUUCCGUUCGAUUGAAUUAUGGAAUUCAGGUUAUAGUUAAAUUACUUCACCCACCAUCGCGCUGGCCAUUGGUGAAGGCGGUUAUCGGGUUAAUCCGCAACUUGGCUCUUUGUCCGUCUAAUCACAUCCCGUUACGCGAUCACGGCGCGAUACAUCAUCUCGUCAGACUCUUGAUGCGUGCAUUCCAAGAUACUCAACGACAACGAUCAUCUGUCGCUAGUACCGGAAAUCAACAAACAUCAGGUGCAUAUGCAGAUGGUGUUCGUAUGGAAGAAAUAGUGGAAGGAUCAGUAGGUGCUCUUCAUAUUCUUGCAAGAGAGUCCCACAAUAGGGCCAUCAUUCAAUCACAGAACGUGAUCCCGAUUUUCGUCCAACUAUUGUUCAACGAGAUUGAAAAUAUUCAACGUGUGGCAGCCGGUGUACUUUGCGAACUGGCAGCCGACAAAGAAGGCGCCGAGAUAAUAGAACACGAGGGAGCUACUGCUCCACUGACAGAACUGUUACACUCCAGGAAUGAGGGUGUCGCUACUUAUGCAGCGGCAGUGCUAUUCCGCAUGAGCGAGGACAAGCCCCAAGAGUACAAAAAACGACUUUCCAUGGAGCUGACAAAUUCCUUAUUCCGCGAAGACACAAACCUGUGGAACAAUACCGACUUCAGCAUGGCCCCAGAUCUUCAGCUACCUAAUCUUCAGGACAUGCUUGGCCCUGAGCAAGGCUAUGAUGGUAUGUAUGGCCAAGGACCUCCUAGCGUACACAGCAGCCAUGGCGGUCGGGGUUUUCAACCGCAAGGUUAUGACCAGAUACCAGUAGAUUCCAUGCAAGGGUUAGAGAUAGGUGGUGGAUCGACAUAUGGCGCAAUGGACACUAUGGACGUGGCGCACGAUGGUGACUUGAGUUUCGAUCACUUGGAAGAGCUUCCUGCACCACCGCAAGACAACAACCAGGUCGCGGCCUGGUAUGACACCGAUCUCUGAAUUCGUGCCGUUAUCGAUCUCAUGAGAUAUAAAAGAACUUAAAAAGCAGGAACAUUAUUUUAAAGUAUUAAACGGACUUUCAUAGUAAAGUCUUGAUUCAAGCGCUACAGUUGAAUGUCCACAUUCUAGACUCGUCCGGACCAAACCAUUUAUCUCGAUCUUUUCUUCAUUUUUAUUUUUAUUUUAAUGACAUGCAUACAAUGAAAAUGUUCCUGCUAUCCCCCCUCUCUAUCUUUUCCCUUCUUUCUGACUUUUUUAAAUGACUUUUUGCCGAUUUAAGGUAAAAAAUGACAUUCUAGCCGAGCGUCGAUUGUUAUUAAAUGGAUGACGUGCCAAGUGAUCCCAUAGUGCUUGGUAUCCCGGACGUUCGAACUGUAUUCGAAUAGUGUACACCUUAAGAUACACUAGCUGAUUAAAAUACAUUAGUACCUUAAGAUAUUAAGAUCUACGAACAACGUAUCUUAAUAAUUAAUUAAAUGACGCGAAAUCGGAAUUUUGUUGCAUUUACAAGACUCAUCUUUGACAUUAAGUAAUCAGACAUGGUAAAAGUAAAGCGAGCGUAUGUAAUGCUUCACUAAUGAAGAUCGGGUAGAAAAAAAAGCUGAAAGCAGUUAUCGUCUCUUAUUCAUGCAAUGUCUCUUUCCUCUUUUACGACAACUGCCUCCAUCUCUCUUUCUACGUGAUCUUCCGGUCUCGCACUUUACGCUCGGUCUAGCUUUUCUAGGUCUUAUGGAAAUAAUACCGAUCAGUGACUAUCGUGUCUCGUCCAUCUUUCAAUCCGCGAGAAGUCACCUUCGAAUAUAAAAGAUCGGUAGUCGCGCUAUAGCUAACAUUUUCCUAUAGUCUACGUUUAUUUCGUCAAACGGAAAGUGCAACAUUCGUUAAUCCAUAUCGACCCAAGAAAAUAUAUCGCCUGUAUGUAAUCGCCUAAUAUGAUCAUUCACCCGAACAUAUAAACAUUAUAUCGAUGUAUUAGAAUUAAGAAAACACAUGUAAUUCGUACAUACAUGUAUAUGUAUCGUUUAAUUGUCUAUACAAAUAAACUGAACAAUUAAGCGACCAA